GUAAGUUUAUAGAUACCUUCUACAUAAUAUAUUUUAUAGUUUAAACUGCUAAAAUGUAAAUAUUCAUGAAAGGUUGAAGAUAUCAAUUUUUACAUUCUCGUUAGUAACUCGUUAUCAACCUUGUGGUGAACUGUGGUGAACCGCCUCUUACCAGUUUAUCAGUGUGAUAUGUGCUAGGUAUUUAAUUUUACAAAAGUUUGUGUUGUGUAACGAGAAGUUUCAUAUUAAACAUGAAUUUUGCUGGUAAAGUUGUUAUUGUAACUGGCGCAAGUUCGGGGAUCGGCGCCGCAACCGCUGUAUUUUUAUCAAAACUCGGAGCAAAGCUAUCACUGACCGGCAGAAAUGUAGAGAAUUUGCAAAAGGUCAACAAGGAUUGUGAGAAAUCCACAUCAACAUUUCUUGUAACAGCCGAUUUGACCAAGGAAUCUGACAUCGAGAGCAUCGUUAAAAAUACUAUUGAUCAUUACGGUCAAAUCGACGUAUUAAUAAAUAACGCGGGAAUAAUCGAGACAGGAUCAAUCGAGAAUACUUCACUAGUGCAAUAUGAUCGCUUGAUGAACACCAAUGUCCGUUCUUUAUAUUAUUUAACAAUGCUAGCGACCCCCCACCUUCUGAAAACCAAAGGUAAUAUUGUAAAUGUGUCCAGUGUCAAUGGUAUCCGUUCAUUUCCUGGUGUGCUUGCAUACAAUGUAUCAAAGGCAGCGGUUGACCAAUUUACUAGAUGUGUAGCAUUGGAACUGGCACCAAAAGGUGUCAGAGUCAAUUGUGUUAAUCCUGGGGUUAUUCUGACUGAGCUCCAGAAGCGGGGAGGUCUAAAUGAUGAACAGUAUGCAGCAUUCUUGGAGAGAAGCAAACAAACCCAUGCAUUAGGGCGCCCAGGAAAGCCUGAAGAAGUGGCUGCCACCAUAGCAUUCUUGGCAAGUGAUUUGGCUAGUAAUAUCACUGCAGCAAGUGUCCCUGUGGAUGGUGGACGACAUGCAAUGUGUCCUCGAUAAAUUAUAUUGCUUGCUCUUCAAAAACCUAUCUAAUUGCAUUUUUUGUCUAUGCACUAAAUAUUCUUAUUGUUUUUUUUAUUAUUUACAUUAUAUUUUUUAAUUUACAUGUACUCCACUAUAUAUUUGCUAUAAUUAGAUAUUGUAGUGUAUAUGUAGAUACAAUACAGGAAUUUUAAUAAAAUAUGUAUAUAUAUAAUGUGUAUAUAUUAUUGAAGAAAGUUGUAAUAACAAUAAUAUUGUGAUUUUAAAGUGCCUAUCAUAGUGAAUAAGUGAAGUCAUAUUAAUAAAGAUGUUGCAUUUGUAAUUGUUAUGUUUUUAUGAAGAGUUUUAUGAAAUAAAGAAUAUGAAUAAAGUGAAACAUUUA